UCCGCUUCCAGCCCACCCACUCUCUCUCCCUCGCUCUUCGCCCAAACCCAAGAACCUCUCUCUCCCUCGCUCUUCGCCCAAACCCAAGAACCCUGACCCAGCAGCACGCGCAGGACCCGAGAGAAGAGAAAGGGAUGGAAGAGGAGGCCCGCCCGCCCCUGCUCCCGGUGCGCGUCCCGGUGAACGGCGAGGACCUGGCCCCGCCCUCCGCUGGCGCGUGCGGCGUCGGCGUCGGCGUCGGCGGCGGCAGGGCGGAGAUCGACACCUCCGCGCCGUUCGAGUCCGUGCGGGAGGCCGUCGACCGCUUCGGCGGCAGCGCCGCCUGGAGCUCCCACCUCGUCAACCGCAUCUUCGCGCACCACAAGAAACAGAACCAGACUGUGUGUGGGGGGACUGAAGACGAGCAACGCGCCAAUCUGGCGGAGCAGACCGCGCAGAUAGAGAAGGAGCUCGGCGCCAAGGAGAGGGAGACGCUCGACGUGCUCAAGCAGCUGGAGUCCGCCAAGAAGAUCAUCGCAGAUUUGAAGCUCAAGAUUCAGAAGAAAACAGGUGAAGAUACAUUGCAGCCUGAAGAAGAGAAGCAGCAGCAACAGCAAGAUAGCAACUGCUCUUUCACUGAACUGUCCACAGCAGAACCUGAAGUGAAGCGGCCUGAAGGAAAUGCUGAGGCUACAGAAGUGCAAACAGCAGAACCUGAAGCCAAGCAGCAGCCUGAGGGAAAUGCUGAAGUUGCAGAAAUGCAAACAACAGAACCUGAAGUGAAGCAGCCUGAUGGAAAUGCAAAUGCUGGAGCUGAUGUGGACAUGUGCGCCGGUCUAGAUGAACAAGAGCACCAGCAGCAGCAUCCUAACUUGGUUCUGAUGGAGCUCGAGCAGGCAAAGUCGAACCUGAACAGAACCACGGGUGACCUCGCUGCCAUCAGAGCCUCCAUCGAGUCGCUGCGCAACGACAUCGCAACGGAGAAAGUCCUGGUGGAGAGGAGCCGGGAGAAGGUGUCCUCGGACGCCACCUUGGUUUCUUCUCUGAAGCAGGAGCUGGACCAGACCACGCAGAAGCUGCAGACGCUGAAGGAUCUUCAGAGAAGGCGCGAGGAUCCCUCGGACAUCUUCUUCGAGAUCAAGAGGAUGACUUCCGAGAUAGAGCAGCUCAGGAAUGCUGCAAAUGCUUCGAAAUCUGAAGCCAUGAUGUUAGCUGCCGAGAUUGAGCAGACCAAGGCCACCAUCGGCACUGCUGAAGUGAGAUGUCUUGCAGCCAAGAAGAUGGAAGAAGCUGCAAGAGCAGCUGAAGCUCUUGCACUAGCUGAGAUCAAGGCCCUGCUCUGCAGUGAAGCCUCAGCUCAAGAUCUCCAGGACACAGAUGGAGUGAGCCUUUCAGUGGAAGAGUACUCCGAGCUUGCUUCGAUGGCUCAAGAGGCCGAUGAAAGCUCAAGGAACAAGAUUGCAGCUGCCAUGGUCCAUGUCGAUGAAGCCAACCAAUCGAAGUCGGAGUCACUCACAAGGCUAGAGGAAGCGAAAAUGGAGGUCGAGGAAUGCAAGAAGGCGCUACAAGAGGCCCUGAAGAGGGUAGAGACUGCCAACCGAAGAAAGUUUGCGGUGGAAGAGACCCUUCGUCGAUGCCGAUCCGAGACCGGACACAAGAGGCGCUCAUUCCGUGGCUCCCCCAAGUUCAAAACUGCAGCACAUCGCCACAGAGAUGACUCUCACUGCAUGGACAUCAUCGAUGUUUCAGACAACUCCAUGAAACCGACACUGUCGAUCGGGCAAAUACUGAGUAUGAAGCUGAUGGGGCCUGAUGGGUACGACAAGAGCGUGUCGGACGACACGAGUACGAGUGAAACUUCUAGUGUCUCCCUUGGCCAGAUCCUGAACAGGAGGCAGGCAAUCUUGACUUAUAGCAGUGAUGCAAGUGCUAACAAGAAAUUCUCCGGAAAGAGGAAGAAGUUUGCCUUCACUGGGCUUUCAGUUUUCUUGGCAAAGCAGGCCAAGAGCAAGAAGAAGAGAGGAUCAGAUGAGAACUGAUGUUAACUCUGCCAGAACACUAGCUUAGUUACUGAGUGUUUUGACCCCCUAUGUCCAUGUCCUGUGUUCCUGUAUAAUGUUCCUAGGAGUAUAUGUUUCUAGGUCUAAUGAGGUUCUGAUAUUUCUGUAGCUCCAUGUACCAGCUUGUCAGUCUAGCAUCUCCUGAGUGAUGUUGCUGAUUAGUUAGUUAAGAGUUAGGUUGGUAUCAUGUGCUCUAUGAACAUGGAAGAUUUCAGUUGAGUUAUAGCUCUGUAUCAUGUACCCUGUGGUCGUGUAAGACAUUGAUUUGUAGUA